AUGGAUGUGACAAAUCAAACUACAGUAACAGAGUUUAUCUUUCUUGGUUUUUCUGGGGUUCCUCAACUUCGGCUCACUUUAUUUGUGAUGUUUCUUAUUGUCUACUUACUCUCUCUCACUGGAAACACACUUAUCAUUUUCAUUGUUCUAAUGGAAUCUACACUUCAGACACCCAUGUACAUUUUCUUAGGAAACUUGUCUUUUCUGGAGAUCUGGUAUACAACAGCCACAGUGCCUAAACUGCUAGCCACUUGUCUAGCACAGAUUGUGACCAUUUCUGUCACUGGUUGUAUAACUCAGUACUAUUUCUUCUUCUCCAUGGGAGCUACUGAGUGCAUCCUCCUGGCUGUGAUGGCCUAUGAUCGAUACUUGGCAAUAUGCAACCCUCUUCGCUACUCAUUACUUAUGAGCCUUCAGAUUUGCCUUAGAUUUUCAGCUGGAUCGUGGAUUGGAGGUUUUAUUGCUCCACUCUUACCGACCAUACUUAUCUCUUAUCUCAACUUCUGUGGACCUCAGAAGAUCAACCAUUUCUUCUGUGAUUCAGACCCCAUUUUCAAACUCUCAUGCUCAGAUACAUUCCUGGUGGAGGCCUUGGGAUACACAUGUAGCUCUGUAGUGAUUCUUAGUUCUUUUCUACUCACUAUGUCCUCCUAUGGACACAUUGUGCUCACAAUAAUCCGACUGUCUUCCAGGGAGGCCAGGAAGAAAACCUUUUCCACCUGUGCCUCCCACCUGACUGUUGUCACCAUCUACUAUGGUACCAUCAUCUUUGCCUAUGUUCGUCCUCCAGCCAAAUAUAACUUCACCAUCGGUAAAGUGGUGUCAGUAUUCUAUUGUGUGGUCACCCCAUUGGUAAAUCCUCUCAUCUACACACUGAGAAACAAAGAUGUGAAGAAAGCUUUCAAGAAAAUUCUAACACAGAAAACAUUGACCUGGACCAGAAAUGCCCAAGCUUUUUAG